GUAGCGUGGUGAGCGAGGACACCGCUGACGCGCACUCAUUCAUUUUGAAAAUUUUGUGUAAAUAGCCCUAAAAACCCAAAAUGCCGUGUCGAAAGGAGAACUACAUAUUUUUGGAGCAAUCUGUAACCGUGGAUUCUAAGGAGGUGGACGCUCUGGUGACAAAAAUCGGCGAAGCCUUGCAGCUUCACAACAAUAGCACUAACCCAAAGACGAUGUCAUGCCUCCAUGGUCUCUCCACCAGCAACGGUAGUCUCAACGUGAAACAAACCAACAACAACACUACGGACGUGCAACGGCGUAAAGGGUGCUGUAUUCGUUUUCGCACUCGAGGGCUUCGGAACAGAGCUAGUCCAUAUAACAUCCCAGGAUCGAGCGAUCAAGAAUGGGACCAUUUUAAACCAUGGAACCGCAAAAAAGUCGACGUUGCGAAUGACGAGGACGACCCCCACCAACUACUUCAGGAAUUAAUACUGUCUGGCAAUCUGAUCAAAGAAGCAGUUAGGCGACUUCAAUUUGCUUCUGAAUCGGAACGUGAUAUUUCACAAACGAUUGAUUAUCAGCAGUGUUAACCUGGAUUUCUAUUUCCUCCUUUGUUUCAUCGGAUAAAAUGAUAUUGUACUGGGAGUAUGUGUCAAUGAACUGUGUUCAGUGCUGAAAUCAAAUGUUUGGUCAGAUUUGUGUUUGUUAGCUAACAAAUGACGCUUUAUGUCGACUGAUAUUUUUUCUGGUUUGUGAGUCGGCGUUUUCAUCCACCUCCUUGCUUGUCUAAUUCAAAGUCGAAAAGGUUUUUAUUUGAACUGUACCUUUUCUAACUGAAAUAUUUUGGGUAAUGAUCGUCCUUCUGUUAACAUUGUCAAAAUUAGCUGAAUUAAUUCUGUGUCAAACACAUGCUAUCUUGCAUCUACUGUGGCCAACUAGCCAAGUCACCAGUUUAUUCACCACUCUAAGCAAAUGAGUGUAGCAUCUGGUGUGGAUGGGGCUUAACGGCUGUCCUUGCUAGCAAAUAAGCUUAAGGGAGAACGGCCUUGUUUACAGUACAUGCGAGUGGGCCGAUAACAAUGAUUAACGCUACCUAGACUGCAAGAUACGUGUGGUAUGGUUUCAUAUUGAAAAGAGUCGUCAGAUACUCUGUUUCAGGCAGUCAUUAUUUGCAUUUCAGACUGACAUUUAUUUUCACUCAAUGGACACGUUCACACAUUGUCCCUCGAGGACUGAGACAAACAGGAAGAGAACGGCGUGGCUAUUCCCAGAAGACCAACAACACGGUGUAUUUUGUUUUAAUUAUUUUGUCCAAGCCGACACUGAGUGGUCUGGAAUCCCGCAUUGAUGCCAUUUCUCUAUUGAACAAGGAGAUGGGGUUUAUCACAACAGAGACACUUGGUGCUUUACAUUUGGAUUCCGACGUGGAGUUCGUUUGUUUGUCAUAACUUUCACUUUGUUAUCGUGUAUGCUUCGCAACGAAGUAGUUUUUAUAUUCCUGGUUUACUCAGGGAUAUUUGGUGUCUUUAAUAAACACGGUGUAUUUUGCAAA